AUUCAUACCUUAAAUGAGGAUGAAAAUGAACUAGUACACAAGGAGAAGAUGGGAAUGUAGUUGAUUAGCUUAGUUGAAUGAGAGGAAUUGUAAAUUUGAAGUAAAUGAGAGUGAAGAAUUUUUUUUUUUUAGCAAAACCGACAGCAACUAAGAAUGGAGUGGAAUGAAUGAAAACUCACGACACUGUGGCUGCUUUGUACUGCUACCAAACCGCCACUUCAAGUGGCGGUUUACUUAACAUAUAUUUUUUUUUUUUUAAAAAAAAUUUCCACUACAAAACCGCCAUCUCAGAUGGCGGUUUACUCCAGAUGCAUGAAUAAAACCGCUACUUCAUGUAGCGGUUAUAUUUAAAAAAAAAAAAAAAAUUUCUCAAAGCUAUCCUACGUAGAUGGUAAUGUGGGAAUUAGUUUUCCAUUUCAAGCAAAAUGGAAAAUACUUUGUACAAUUGCAUUAUUUAGGGAAAUUUCUCGGCUCUAACCGAUCGGUCUCAUACAAAGAGUUGCUCGGAUCCAACGGCCUUCCUCUUCAUUGGCUUUUGUUUUUCCAUCCUUUCUCACUCUCAAACCCCCCUUCAUCCAAGCGACGUCAACAACUCCAACCGCUCGUCGGAGGUCGCUUCAAUUCCCCAUUACAGCCGCGUUCCUAUCUCCUUCUCCUUCUCCUUGCGCCAUUGUUAAGGCACACAACCCAAUAAAUACAGUCAAGAUCAAAGAGACUCGUAAUCUUCUGAAGGCUUUACAGAAAAAUCGGAGAAAGAGAAAUAGAGUUGGCAAGUAAAAAAAUGAAUUUGUUGAACAGAAUAAUCAACAGCAAUACUUUCAUAAACAUUUGCUUAGUGGGUUCUUUCACUGCUCUUGCUGUUAGGUCUAUGAACCAGCAAUACUUGAUUGAAUCCCUUGAACUUCAGAAACAACUUCUCACAGAUAACAAUAAAUCUAUGAAGAAAACUAUGUGGGAUUGGAAACAGAAGCUUUAUGCUGAAGCUUCUUCCCCUGAUACCGCCAUUGUUCCUCUUUCUCGCCUCAAAUCUAUCUAUGGCGAAGUUGUCACUCUCCCUUCAGAUGCAGAUGCAGAUGCAGAUGAAGAUGCUGCUGCAGAUACCGCAGGAAAAUCAACGACAAAACUUCUCAUCUGAUGUUGCCGUUGUACUAGGCAGAUAAUAGUUGACUUGAUAUCAUUCUAAAAGAGACUUUUACCAUUUUGCAGGAUAUAAUUAGAAUAAACAUUUCCUGUAAUCAAUGCUGCCAUGAACACACUGGUGGCCAAGAUUGCAACUUCUUUUGUUUGUUGGGUUGUUCAAAAGUGGGAUUUUGUUUUUGUACAUUGGUUACUUCACAUUUUUUAGAAACUUAAUCUGUGUGACUUCAAAGUUACACGGUUUGGCGGCAUAUUCUGAAGGGUUGGCGUCACGUUGUGUUCAUAUUUUGGGCAAUCAGGCUUGCAUUUGCGCAUCCUGAAUCCUGAUCUGAAAAUCAAAUCAUUGCUCAUGGGCAAUUGAUUAUUGAGCAUGUAAACGAAACUAGUUACUAAUACUUUUGUACAAUUACCUUUCCGGUGAAAAGGAUUCCCAUCUCACUGAAUCGUCUAUUGGCCUCUUAAUUUACCCUUGGAGCCUCUUGUCUAGGAUUAGGCUCUGCGUUUGCCACGGGGAUGGCAGUGUAGGCUCGGUCUGUAAAUUGGUAUGACCAAUGAGUUGUCGUGCUCUCUGAACUCCUCUUCUUGGUAUUCUCUCCUACCACGGCUCAUGUGCUUAAGAGGGGAGGGAAAUACGACCAUAAUUAGACCUAAAAAGUCUAAAAAUUAUUCACGUCCUUUUGAAUUUGCUAAUAAAUGUGAUAUUUCCCCUUAAGAAUGUUCAGUAGCAAAUAUAAAGGCAAAAGAAUUCGUGUAUGAAAUCUCAUCUUGCUAAACCUUGCUAGACCUUGAGCAAGACUAGAUGCAACAUUGGGGCAAAAGUUGAGACAUGAAUACGACAACAAAGAACAAUAAGCAUGGAUCCUACACAUUUAUUCCA